UAGAGUUUUAAACAACAUAACACAACACAACAUAUAGGUUGUAAUUAAUAAGCUAGGAGGCAGCAAGAGACGGAAGAGAUGGAAAGCGUUCAAAUAUUGCUGGUGUCCAUAUCCGUAUUUGUGUGGUUAGUUGUCCGAUGGCGAUCAUCAUCAGAGAGCAAAAGGAGGGUGCUGCCACCAGGUCCAAGUGGAGUGCCAAUACUAGGCAACCUACUCCAACUGGGGCCUCGUCCUCACGAAAAAAUGACAGAAAUGGCAAAAGUGUAUGGGCCACUCAUGGCUCUGCGCCUUGGGUUCGUGACCACCAUAGUGGCAUCCUCCCCAGAAAUGGCGAGGGAAAUCAUGCAAAGAAACGACAAGGCCUUCUCAAACCGGCCGGUGCCAGACUCGGUUGCAUCGCAGCCGAACCCGGAAGGAACCCUUGCAUGGGUUCCGGGAGACCAUCGGUGGAGAAACCGCAGACGCAUCUGCAGCACGCAGAUGUUCACAGCUCAGCGGCUGGAUUAUCUUCAGCACUUUCGGCAUCGGAAGGUGCAUCAGCUGGUGGAGCACGUGAGGAAGCACAGCGCAGCUGGAACAGCAGUUGACAUAGGGUCUCUUGCUUUUGCUGCCACGCUGAACCUCAUAUCCAACACAAUCUUUUCGGUGGACAUCAUCGACCCUGUUGGGUUCGAGACGGCUCAGGAGUUCAAGGACCUUGUUUGGAGGAUCAUGGAGGAUGCUGGCAAGCUCAAUCUUUCCGACUACUUUCCGGCGCUGAGGAGGUUCGAUCUGCAGGGGGUGAGGCGCCAUGUUCGGGUUUCUUAUCUAAGGUUGCAUCAGAUAUUCGACGAAAUCAUUGCCAAACGUUUGCAAUCCAGAGCAUCAUCUUCCGAUAGUACCUCUAGUACCCAUGGCGAUUUCCUGGACGUGCUUCUGGAUCAGUGCCAACAACAUCAAGACGGCUUCACUUUUGAAACCAUCAAACCCUUGAUUUUGGAUUUAUUUAUCGCGGGAAGUGAUACGUCUGGACUGACAACAGAGUGGGCAAUGGCAGAGCUGCUUCGGAAGCCGGGGGUGAUGGAAAAAGCAAAAGAAGAGCUUGAACAGGUGCUCGGCAGGCGACGACAAGUGGAAGAGUCAGACAUCGAAAGACUCCCAUAUCUGCAAGCAAUCGUGAAGGAGACGCUGAGGCUUCACCCUGCAGCGCCUCUUCUGUUGCCGUACGUUGCAGAAAACGACGUCCAAAUAGACGGCUAUACCAUCCAGAAGGGAAACAGAGUGCUAGUGAACGCCUGGUGUAUCGGAAGAGAUCCCAAGUACUGGGAUGAUCCCUUGUCGUUUUCACCAGAAAGAUUCUUAGCAGCAGCAGCAGGAGGAGGCUGCAGCAGCACCACCGCAAGUGCAACUACUCGGGAGUACAAUGGAAGAGAUUUCGAGUAUAUCCCAUUCGGUGCUGGACGAAGAAUUUGCCCAGGAUUGCCAUUGGCCAAUCGAAUGGUUACCUUGACUUUGGCUUCUCUCAUCCAUUCCUUCCACUGGCAACUUCCCCCUGGAAUCACUCCCCAGAACCUCGACAUGUCCGAGCAAUUUGGUAUUACCCUCAAGAAGGCUGUCCCUCUUUAUGCCAUUCCUGCUUGAUUUUAUUUCCAUUUUAAUAACCAUUGUGCAAUAACUUUUUAAUUACUAUCUACUUUACUAUUAUUACUAAUAUUUAUAAUAUACCCUACCACUAGUACUGAUGCUUCAAUUUACCAAUUAAUGGUAAUGGUAAUGGUACAGCUCAUCUAGCUACCAACUUCGUGUAUGUGUACACUUCAUAUGUUAUGCUUAUGUAAUUUAAGGAAAUUACUUAAUAUCUUCAGCUAUAUAUACAUAUAUACAAUAUGUAUAUAUAUAUUGCUUUAAA